UUGUUGUUGUUGGCGGAUCCAUAAGGUGACUGUUAAAUAUUGCGUGUCCUCUCUAGUACUAUACUGUACAGUAUAAUACCACCAUACCAUACAGUACCGUACAUUAUGAAGUCAUGGAAUCACCAUCCAAAUAAAGUGCUAGUUGAGUUCCAUGGUUGCCAAUUUUGUAUGCGACUGUAGCAAUAUUGAAUUUCUGUUUUUAGAUUACAUUAUAUAACAAAGUUGUCAAUUAAUAAUAGAAUAUCAAUUACCUUCUAAAAUCUCUUUAAAAAUAGUUUUUUCCUAAUUUACUCAUUCAUAAUCCAAAGAUCAGAAAUCAAAUUUCAAGUGAAAUAAAAUAUCAUCCAGAUUAUUUGGUGUGAAUCAUUGGAAAAAAAUUCAUUGAAAUAUAGAUUUACAAAUUUUGAUUGCAACACAACUUAUUCCCUACAAAAAAAAUUGACACCACGCUUUUUGAAAUAUGAAAGGCGAUAAUUUUCUUUUUCAAUAUGAAGGAAGAUAAACAUCACAAGCAAUUUUUUCGCAAAAAAAAAAUAAAAAAAAAUUAUAUGAAACAGCGAAAAACUUAAGUUAAUCGAUAUAUAUUUGAUAGUGACAGUAGUAUCGAGUAUAGCAUGGAAAUGUAUAUUUUAGAAUAUUGUGAAUAAUAUUCAUGGUCAAACACGACAACUAAAAAAAAAAAAGGUAAGAAACGAAGUAUUUAACAAUGAUCGUAAGUGUUCGGUUUUAACAAACUUGCAGCUCAAGUAAUAUACUUAAAAGACGUUAACUUUCUAUCCAAAUUCAAUGUAAUUUAGGAAUACUUUUCCCAGUUAUAUAAGAAUUAAAUAAUUAAUUAAGGCAGCAGGAGAAAACUAUAUAAGUAUAUUACGUUUCAUGCACCUUCACAACACAAUCAUAACUAUCUUGGAAAAAAAAAAAUAUUGCAGUCUUUCCCUUUUUCUAGACAAAUUUUUAACAUAAUUCAUAUAAACAAUCAGAUAAAAUAUCUUCCUUCUUCUAACUUUCUUCAUUGGAUAUGGUAUUUUAGAUGGUGUCUUAUUCAUAUAGUUUCAGGCUUUUCGAUAACUGUUAUCAUAUGUUGUUUGUUAUAUUUAGCUGAUCGUGCUAAUGUUAUUAUUCCUUGCAUAUAUGUUUGUUUACUAUAUUUAGCUGAUUGCACUAAUGUUAUUGUUCCUUGCAUUUAUGUGUUGUAUAUAUUGCUUUGCAUGUUUGUUUCGUAUUACUUUUCUAUUAGUUGUUUUGUUUUCUUCACCGUCAUUUUUUUCUUUUUUUUUCCCAAUUUUGUUUAUAGACUAUAUAAGUAUUAUGCUUGUAGUCCUCAAAAUCCCUUUUUGUCAAAAUUUUAAUACAAAUGCGUAUAAACAACCAUAUUUGUGUUUUGAUUGAAAAACGAUAUAAUUUAUCCAAACAUUGCAUCGAUUAAAACAAUAUAGUACGAUAUAAUAUAAUGUACAGUACCAUAUGAUACAUUAUGAAAUGAUACGUAACAGAUUAUCCAAACAAUUGGUGCUUGAGUUCUCGAUGUAUAUACAAUCUAUCCUUACAUUGCAUCGAUUGAAACAAUACAGUAUGAUACGAUAUACAAUAUGAUAUGUUAUGAAACGAUUAUGAAACAAUUGGUGUAAACUAGUGAUUUUUCUAUAGUUGGGUAUUGUGGGGUUUGACGUUGUUGGUUUUCUACUUGAGAUAUUAUUGGUGUUCAGGUAGAACGCCAGAAAAAGGAAACAAUUGAUAGUUGAGAUAUGUUUUGAAUUUUGAUAAAUAAUUGGUGAUACUGAUCAUAAAUUCUUAAUUAAAAAAUUGUCAACUCUUUAGAAGUCCUAAUGAUACUCAAAUAAUACUUAAAGAAAGUAUUUGUAUCGUUAAUUUUCUGUCCUAAGUAGUUUAGGAAUAUCUUUUCCAAUUCAAUUUAGACUAGAAUUAAGGGGACAGAUCACAGAAGAAGGAAAUUAAACUAUAUAAGUAUUGUUUGCACCUUCACAACACAAUCAUAAAUUCUUGGAAAAAUAAGUUGCAAUUUUUAGAAGUCCCUUUUUCUAGUCAAUUUUUUUUAACAUAUUUCAUAUAAACAAUUAUCAGGUAAAAUCUCUUGUAUUUUAUGUGUGUAGUUGCUGGAUUCUUGUUUCUGUUUGUUUUAGUUCAUAUGGGUGUUUGAGUUCUUGAUGAUUCAUUGGUGUUAAUGUAGUGGUUUUUUUAUAUAGUUAGGUGUUGUGGAGUUUGAUGUUCUUGUUUUUUUACUAUUGUAAGCUUUUUGUGUUUUCGAGUUACAUACCUAAACUAUCAUGUGCGAGUUUUGUACCUGAAACACACCUCAAUUAUCAGAUGUUUAAUUGAUAGUUGUGGUGUGUUUUGAUGAAUAAUCGGUGAUUAAGGUCGGAGCUACAUGUGCUCCAGGGAUCCGAACCCCCUUCGACGGAAAAUUAUAAUGUUUUUAUACUAUUUUUAUACAAUUAAAAAUAUUUUUAUGCAUAUAUAGUAGAUGUUAAACCUCUUUCGUCUAGUUCGUAUAUUUAGUUCUCAACCCCCUCAAUGAAAAUCCUGUCUCCGCCACAACCACUGUCGGUGAUAGUUCAGGUAUGGAACUCAACUCGCACACCUAAUAGUUGAGGUAUGAAACUUGAAAACAGGAUACUUUAGGCGCGUUUUUGACUUUUAGGUAGUGAUUUUUCAGACAGUUUUGAGUAUUGUGGAUUGUUUUUUUUCAUGUAUUACUGCAGUUAUGGCAGGAGAAGGUUCUAAGUUUGAUGUUCUUCAAUUCGAUGCGAAAAUGACAGAGCUGCUUGGUGCUGAACAAAAGGAGUUCUUCACAUCAUAUGAUGAGGUUUAUGAGAGUUUUGAUGCCAUGGGGUUGCAAGAAAACCUUCUGAGGGGCAUCUAUGCAUAUGGUUUUGAGAGGCCAUCUGCUAUACAGCAAAGGGGCAUUGUUCCGUUUUGCAAGGGCCUUGACGUUAUCCAACAGGCACAAUCUGGUACUGGAAAGACGGCAACUUUCUGCUCUGGUGUUCUCCAGCAGCUUGAUUGCAGUAUACUUGAAUGUCAGGCUUUGGUUCUUGCACCAACACGCGAGCUAGCACAACAGAUUGAGAAGGUUAUGAGAGCACUCGGUGGCUAUCUUGGUGUGAAGAUUCAUGCUUGUGUUGGGGGUACCAGUGUCCGCGAGGAUAAGCAGAUCCUUCAGAGCGGUGUUCAUGUCGUGGUUGGUACACCAGGACGUGUCUUUGACAUGUUGCGCAGGCAGUAUCUUCGCUCUGAACACAUCAAGAUGUUUGUUUUGGAUGAAGCUGACGAAAUGCUCUCUAGAGGUUUCAAGGAUCAGAUUUACGAUAUAUUCCAGCUUUUGCCACCAAAAAUCCAAGUGGGAAUUUUCUCGGCGACUAUGUCACCAGAGGCUCUUGAGAUAACUAGAAAGUUCAUGAACAAGCCCGUGAGGAUUCUUGUGAAGCGCGAUGAGCUCACACUUGAAGGUAUUAAGCAAUUCUAUGUCAAUGUGGAUAAGGAGGAGUGGAAGCUUGAAACACUUUGUGAUCUUUACGAGACUUUGGCCAUCACCCAGAGUGUCAUCUUUGUUAACACUAGGCGUAAGGUUGAUUGGCUCGCGGAUAAAAUGCAUAGCCAUAAUCACACAGUAUCUGCAAUUCAUGGAGACAUGGAUCAGAACACGAGAGAUAUCAUUAUGAGGGAGUUCCGAUCUUGCUCAUCUCGUGUGCUCAUCACAACCGAUCUCCUUGCUCGUGGUAUUGAUGUCCAACAAGUCUCCCUUGUUAUCAACUACGACCUCCCAACUCAACCAGAAAACUACCUGCAUCGUAUUGGUCGUAGUGGAAGAUUUGGAAGGAAGGGUGUUGCUAUCAACUUUGUCACCAAGGACGACGAAAGGAUGCUUUUCGACAUUCAAAAGUUUUAUAAUCUGCUAAUUGAGGAGCUCCCAGCCAAUGUUGCUGAUUUCCUUUGAUCUCCUUAGAUUUUUUUGCUGUUUUUACACACAACAACAACAACAACAAACCCAGUGUAUUCCCACCUAGUGGGGUCUGGGGGGUAAGAUGUACGCAGUCCAUACCUCUACCUCUAAAGAAGUAGAAAGGCUGUUUCCGAUAGACCCCCGGCUCAAGGCACGAGAUACCAGCUGUUUUUACACACACACAUAUUUAUGUUUUUAUUUCCUUAUUGUGAAAAUACUAAAUUUACUUUAAUGUAUUGAGUAAAUGAUGUUGCAUCCCACAAGUACAACUAUCGGUGACUAUGUCCACCAAGAUUCGAACAUAUGGAAAGACAUCUUCUAGCAUUUUCACUUCCGCU